GUAACCGUUUUUGGCAAGUGCUACGGGCUGCGGCUGUGGCUGCGGCUGGGAGCUAAUAAUGACCAGUAUGCAACGCUCGCACCUCCCCGUCCACGACAACUUGUUGGUCAACCCUACAUUGUACUUUUACAGGCUGAGGAAAUAGGGAUAUGAUGACCGUGUCGAUGUCCACUCACACGACGCCUUCCGGUAAGUACUCUCAAAGUUGCCAUUCCCAACCAAAUCCCGCCACACAAGCGACCGUCACCGAGAACUGGACGCGACUGAUCCUCUCCUACGCACGACAUCGCAAGUUAUUCUAUCUGCGCGUAGAGGAUGCGGAGACGAAGGGAAGCGAAUGGGACGAGAUUUUGAGGAACGAGAGGAUCAACCGACGGCUUAUGCCAUCACAUCUGUCCUUCAUCAUGGCGGAUAUGGUAUCCAAGAACCUCGCGAUAUACGAACCUCCCAAACAGACACGAACAGUGCUUCUGCACUGGCGACUACCAGAAGAGUGGGCCGAGGUCCUGCAUGAAUGGGCCUCGUCGACAGCUCAACUCAAUACCAUCCUCACUUCUAUGAGAUCAUCGAGCCGCCAGUGCCAUCGCCUCUGUCCGGGAUCCCGGCAACCCUUUUGCGCCGUGCCGUAAGCAUCCUCACGAAGACGAACCGCGCACAGAUCAUAGCGGUAGCGGACGGCGAAGGUGUCCGGUUCUUGCCCGGUAACCCGGCGAAAUAAAUAUGAAGUUUAGAUCCGUGGGCGUGACUGUACACUACUGUACAUCUAGUUGUCCUCUAGACCUCUAACGACCCCGAGA